GCGAUUGGACCAACUUCACCCACUGGACCUAUAAACUGGAAACAUUGGGCUUACAGAUUUCAGUCGGAACGUCCAAGUCCAAGUUCAAUUCAAAUUAAUGGACCUAUAAGGGAGACCAACAUUGAUAGAGAUCCGUUGGAAAUCAAACCUGUAAUUUAA